GCACUUGAUAAGUGUCGAUAAAAUGAUUCGAAUAAAACAACAAAUACUUUUAUUUAUCUGUAUCUGUACAUCAAUUAGAGCUAAAGAAAUCCCCGAUUGUGAUUACUUUGAUACUGUCGAUUUGACUGGCGUUGAGAAACUGUCAAAUGGCUCUUACAAAUAUGAUGGAUUACUGAUACCUCCUGAACAAACCGGAACUUACAACUAUAAAAUAUUCUUUGAGGGAACACCCACUGCAGUUGAGGAGCAUGUAAGGGGAUGUGUGUGUAAAAUUAAACCCUGCAUUCGAUACUGUUGUCAUCGACAUCGAAUCGAUCCGAAUGAUGAAGGCAACUGUAAAGAAGAGCUAGGUGAAACCCAAGUAAAUAUUACACUAGAGGGUGGAACACAGCAAGAAAGUGACAUAAGGAAUCAGUUUGUUGUACAACCAGGGAUACGCGUUCAAUGCAAUCAAAAUAAUCACAUAGGACCCUUUACCCAAAAUGAUGACUGGAAACUUUUCGAGAAUGGUACACUGUAUCGAUCGAAUGACGAUGUUUAUCUGUCGAAACGAGAUUAUUGCAUUCAGCCAAAGGAGUUGGCCGAUCUGGGACUGAACUAUAUGCUGUUGCCUAUGAAUUGCUUAAAUGAAUAUGACUUUGUCUACGUAAAUUUGGGGUCCAUUUUCUUUCUGCUGCUGACCAUUUGUAUUUAUAUAUUUGUGCUUAAGCUACAGCACAUACAUGACAAGUGCUAUCUCAGUUAUCUGAUUUGUCUUUCUGUCAGUCUGCUCAUAAAUAUUGUCACGAAAGUUGAGACUUCUUAUUUUGGACCCAUUUGCUAUUUAGUGGCUUAUGUGGGCUACUUCUCCAGCAUUUCAAUUUAUCUCUGGCUCGCCGUAAUGGCUUUUGAUUUGUGGCGAAUAUUGGUUAAUAAUAUGUUUGUAAUGAUUCAAAAUGAUUUUCGAAAGCGCUUUUGGAUAUACAGUCUAUUUGUUUGGGGCACAGCUUCUGUGUUCCUUUUGAUUACAAUUUUGGCAGAUCAUUUGCUGGACAAUCUUGAUAUUGAUUCCAAUUUGAAAAUGGGAUAUGCCUACUAUGAAUGUUUUGGCAAAGUGACUGAUUGGUCGAGUGUUGUCUAUUUCUUUGCUCCUGCGGCCAUAUUGGUUUCCAUAAAUGUAAUAUUCAUUUUUAUUACUCUCUGGCGCGUUCACAUGGAAAAUAAAAAAAAUCGAGAGCAACUUAAGGAACUUGGACAGCGUAAUAAAAAGAACAAUAUUAGGCUUAUAUUUUAUUUGCGUUUCUUUGCAAUCGCCUUUAUGGACUGGCUUAUCGAGCUGACUGCGGUUGUUUAUAUUCUUGCCGGCGAUCCGCCUCAAUUCCUUCAAUAUAUCAUGUUCUACUUGGGUCUGAUUCACUGCUUUCUUAUAUUUGCCAUAACCAUUUCUAGGAAAGAUGUCGUGCAAUUACUAAUUCGCUGGACUCCUCAAAUGAAAAGUCAAAGCGUGACACAAAAUUCUCUUUCUACUUCGAUAAAUUUACAGAAAGUGACAAAAAAUUAAAGCUUAAAUUUAAAAUGAUUUAAUUAUAAUUUUAAAAAAGUCCAAGUCAACAAACAUCCGUAAUUCAUUCAUCAUUGGUGAAUGUGAAAUUGCAAUAUCGAAGUACAUACAUAUAAUCUUGGCUAUAGUCUGGGGCCCAUUAUGUGUGUUCCAUUUCGAUUAUGCCGCGAUAAACUGCUACUGAAUGAUAAAUACAACAAAAUGCCAAUUAUAAAGUUGUUUUUUUUUUUUAUCAAAUAAUGUUUUAUUAUAUAGCACUUUUUGAAAGGUCAAAUUUGUUUAUAUUUCACAAGUCCGCAGAGCUUGCGUACUUUUGUUUUGUACUGAUAAUAACAUCGAAGGCCGAUUAGCCACUGUAUAUGUUGAAUAAGAGUUUAAGAAAUCAUUUUAUGAAAUUAAAUAAAUUAAUUAAUUUUUAAAUAAUUGUGUAGUCCUAAGAAUUUGAUCAAAAGGAAAUUUAAAAUUGAAAAAUUUGUAAUUGAAACAAAUCACAAACAACAUAAAAAGUACAAUAAACUGCAUCACGAUAAUGCUUAAUAGCUGUUU